CCGAGAAGUCGCCGCCCGGGCCGCCGCCGGGCCAGUGUCCAGGGGCCGCCCCGCCUGGCCGAGCUCCGAGGCUGCCGCGGCGCGGAGUAUGGGGCUCUGAUGGCCAUGGACGGCUACAAGGGCUUCCUGGGACUCCUGGUGUCGGCGCUGCUCGUCGGCUUUCUGUCGGUGAUCUUCACGCUUGUCUGGGUCCUGCACUACCGGGAGGGGCUCGGCUGGGACGGGACCGCGCUCCAGUUUAACUGGCACCCGGUGCUCACGGUGACCGGCUUCGUCUUCAUCCAAGGGCUAGCCAUCAUCGUGUACAGACUCCCAUGGACCUGGAAAUGCAGCAAGCUCCUGAUGAAGUCCAUCCACGCGGGGUUGAACACCGUGGCUGCCGUUCUCGCGAUCAUCUCCCUGGUGGCUGUUUUCAAUAACCGCAGGGCCAACAACCUCACCAAUAUGUACACGCUGCACAGCUGGAUUGGACUGACAGAUGUCGUACUCUAUGUCUUACAGCUUGUCCUAGGUUUUUGCAUCUUUCUGCUUCCUUGGGCUCCACUUUCUCUCCGAGCAAUUGCCAUGCCCAUACAUGUCUAUUCUGGACUUCUCCUCUUUGGAACAGUGAUUGCAACGGUCCUUAUGGGAGUGACAGAGAAGCUGACUUCUCGCCAAACAACUCCUCCAUACAACACAUUCCCACCAGAAGGUAUUUUCACAAAUACCCUCGGUCUUCUGAUUGUGUUGUACGGGGCCCUCAUUUUUUGGAUUGUCACCAGACCACAAUGGAAACGUCCUAAAGAAGCAGAUUCCUCCCUUCUCCAGUCCAAUAGAGGCGCUGCAGAGGGAAUGGAAGGCGCCAUAACAAUGAGCUUGGGCGGCAACACGGACAAAUCCGAUGCAGAGUUAAACAGUGAAGCAGCAGCCAGGAAGAGAAACCUUGGCCUUGAUGAGGCUGGCCAGAGGUCUACCAUGUAAAAUAUCAGUGGGCCACAUUCCUUCGCAUUUUAAAAUGUAGCCAUAUAAAUUCAGCUUUCAAAACUAGCUGUACAGUUUAGCUUCUCCUAGUCAUAAGAUGAUGGAGCUAUAUAGUGUCAAUAUCUGUUAUAAUCACCAAAGAGCAUUUCUUGAAAGAGCUUGUAUUGAUUGAAGUCGAUGAACUUAUAUGAGUUGGAAAGGACAUGAGCAAUACAAAUAAUAAUAGAUAUAAAUUGUGUUUGUGUUACAUCUUUCUUAUCGAGAGCCAAAGCAUUGUCACAGUGCCUUUCAUGGAACAGAUGUUCAGAGUGUGUCUGUCAGUUGAUUCAUUGCAUAAACUGGCAGCACCGCUGAUCUCCUAUUACUUCUGGGCACCCACUGAUUUCAGAACUAGGUAGAAUCAGUUGUAAAGUUUUAAAAUCAGAUCACCAAUGUUGGGACAGGGUUUAGAUCAUUGUCCUUCCCGGAUACCAUAACAGAAAAAAAAAAUCUUUAAGAAAACACUGUUUCCUUUCUCCUUGGCAGACUUCUGCUUCCUUUCCAGUGGGUUUGGGCUCAGAUUGGCUCUGGAUGCCAGCCUUUAUAUUAGGGUAUUUGGGGCCAUCAGUAUCUGAAGAGAUCUUCCCUGGACAGAACUCUGAAGAUUUUCCAGAACUCAACUUAGUCUCAGGACUGCCUGGGCUGGUGUACUUUACAAUCCAGAUUCUAAACCGCUUAGAAUGAAAAUAUGCCUGAAUGCUUAAGCAACAUAUACCACUCUACAAAAUCAAAGAAUACUUUUUCCUUAGUUUCUGGGGUUUUUUUGUUUGUUUGUUUGUUUGUUUGUUUAAUAAAGUAUUUACCUGGCACUCUA